AUGCACAGACAAAUAUGUGAGGUGGCCGUGGGUGAUAAUAAUGUUGGUUAUGUGGGAUAUAGGUGCUUGAAAUGGAUGAGAAAGGAAUACACCCAUGCUGUUAUUGGUAUCAAGAUUUCAAGUCCAAGAGCUAAUAUACAAAAACCCGUAACUGAAACGACAACACAGCGAUGGGAUUUUGGAAAUAUUAAAAAAGAUGCAGAAAAUCCUAGUGAUAAUCCUGCUGAAUGUAAUGUUCCAGGAAUUCCAGCUUUUCAAAUAAUAAUUCCUAUAAAUGAAGUUUUUUUGGAGUCCGCCAGAUUCAACCUCACUCUAAUUCCUGCAACAAAUAGCAUUAAAAUUUUAACAAUAAACAUGAGUUAA